AUGGCGGCUGCACCACCACCGAAUCCAGCGCCGGUACAGCCGCCGCCGGGGCCGCUGCAGGUCGCGCAAAACAACCUUCGAGAAUUUCAGUUGUUCAACCAAGACAAGUUCCACAAAUUUAGACAUGGAAUUCGUGGUUUUAUGAUGACUCUGCGCGGCAUAAAAAAUGAGAGAAACAACGGCAGACCGGAACGUUGGCAAGCUAUGAUGAACAGAACGGUUCCAAAAGCCAACUACCAAGGCAACUUCGGGAACGUGAUGCGGCUGAAUCUGCAACGGAGAGCAAAUCAGCUGCAGGCGCGGUUAGGCAAUCCACCUCCGCAAGCUGUGAAUCUGCCGGCAAACGCGAACGCCGUCGGUCGAGCGAAGUUCAGCCAGGCAACCGGACUGAUGACAGUUGAGAACCAUUUCACCUAUAUCAAGAUCCUGGGCGCCGGCGGCAACGGCAUGGCGGUGCUUUGGAGGUGGACUCCUGGGGGUGAUCCGCAAGCCCCGGGCCAAGAUGUCGUACUGAAGGUGACAACAUCAGGCACACCAGCAGCCCCGAACGACAUCACAGUCGAGUGGGAAAAACAGAUCAUGACGAGAUUACUGAGGGCGCCACACAUUUUGCAGCGUUUCCUCUUCCAGGAUAGGUUGCCUGGUGUCAGACAAACACGCCAGGGAGUAAGGCUGCGACAAAUGGCAAUCGGCCUCGACAACGCGGUGGGGCUCCUGUUCAUGGAAUUCGCUAGGCUUGGUGACCUGGAGAAUUGGGUUCACAAGCUGGGGAGGCAGAAUAAUAGUCUACCUACAGAGGCGUUGUGGCGUAUUUUUGACUGCCUCGUCAAGGCUUGCAUUGCCAUGGAGUACCCUCCCAGGCACGUUCCAAGACCAGGGCAACCUGUGGGCACCGUUGCUCCAACUAGUGGCGGCGAUUUGCCAGAAGUUAUCGCAGACUUUGGCCUUGCAACGGAUUCCAACGUCCUAUGGGCCCCCGUCAACCCGCCCGGCACCACACCAGUUCAAUUAGCUCAAAACAGAGCAGAACACUGGAGAAGGAGGAGUUGGGCCAAACCAUACUGGUUUCUCCCUGAACAAUUCUCAGUAGAAUGGGACCAGCUUCCCGAUGACCCAACAACCGGCCCUCCAAAUGUGCCGUGGCCUGCUUGGGCUCCAUGGCCCAUAACCUCGGGGCCCGGCCGGUACAGCAGCCGGUCAAACAUAUGGCACAUUGGAAUGAACAUGUGGUCCAUUCUGCUGCUCCAGAAGCCGGACUUACCACCCGUUGCUGGACGAAUGAGAAGCGAGGAGCCGCAAGUCAAUCCCGUCCAGGUACAAGACCAGCGGUGGACGUUCGGCUACCGGCUGAUCCAAAACAACCAGACCGGACGGGACAUACGGCAGCAGUUCACGCCUCUCCUCUGCGAAACAAUCGCGAAGUGCCUUAUGAACCGCCAGGAGCACCGGCCCGACCUCCAGCAGCUGCAGACCACCAUCACCAACGCCAUAGCGAACCUGCCGCCGCGGCUGCCGAAUACGGUCAGGCAGUUCUUCGGCGACGACCCAUCGCCGGCCGCGCCCUGGAGGAUGAGUCUCGGCACGGUCCCGCUGGAUAAUAUAGAUCCCUUUGACAAUUAUGCUGACCGACCAGGGGACGUGACUCCGCCUCGGGGGCCCGGGCAGCGCGGGAACAGGAGACGGCGUCGGGCCAGGCUCGCGCCUAUGGAUAGGGCCUACCGACCUUGA